UCCUACUCAAGUUUUGUUAAAGGUGAAUUCAAUUUCUCAUCCCUGUGCGUACGAAUGGCUUAUCCUCGCUCAGCCAGAUUAUUUGCCGUGCUAAUAGUGCUGGAAGUUCUGUUCAGCAUUGGUUACUGCACUUCCCAAUUCGUAGAUUCACGGGCAGCUUAUUACGGAACUCCGGAUGGCUUAGGAACUUCCAGUGGCGCUUGUGGAUAUGGUGAGUAUGGGAGAGACGUGAAGGCUGGAAAUGUUGCAGCAGCAAGUCAGUUAUUAUACAGAAAUGGGGCUGGAUGUGGCGCUUGCUAUCAGGUGAGAUGCAAAAAUAAGUAUCUAUGUACAUACAGCGGAGUAACAGUAGUGGUCACAGAUCAUGGAGAAGGCGAUCGAACUGAUUUCAUUAUGAGUCCUCAUGCUUUCACAACUAUGGCCUGGCCGGGGAAAGAUGAGCAGCUUAAGGCUUUGGGUGUUGUUGACAUUGAGUACAAACGAGUGGCUUGCAACUAUCCUGGCCACAACAUCUGGUUCCAGAUUAACAAAAGCACCAAUUACCCCUAUUAUCUAUCUUUGAUGUUGCUGUACCAAGGAGGCCAAAGAGAUGUAGUGGCUGUAGAACUUUCCCAGGAGAGAACUUCUGAUUGGAAAGCAAUGCGGAGGAGUUAUGGGGCUGUGUGGGACAUAGUAACGGCACCUGCAGAGUGCAAUCUGGCUCUCCGAUUUCAACUGUCAGGGGGAGAAUGGAUUUAUGCUCAGAAUCCUAUUCCCUCACAUUGGAAAGCUGGCGAUGUUUAUGAUGCUGGCGUUCAGCUCAAAUACUGAUCAUUAUUAUAAGUACGUAACUUGGUGGCAUUUAAUUUAAAUAAAUUCAUGCAGGGAGAUUUAUUGUAUUUCUCUCUUCUUGCACUUGCCCCCAAAACAUGUCUUACCAAUCUUAAAUAAAUAUUCACGUGUAGCAACAAUGUAUUAUGGACUGAGUUGUUAAUGCGUGCAAUAAAAAUAAUAUUAAAUUUGAUUGUA